CCAGGCCGGGACGAUGGUGAAGUAUUUCCUGGGCCAGAGCGUGCUCCAAAGUUCCUGGGACCAAGUGUUUGCCGCCUUCUGGCAGCGGUACCCUAACCCCUACAGCAAACAUGUCUUGACGGAAGACAUAGUACACCGGGAGGUCACCCCUGACCAGAAGCUUCUGUCCCAGAGACUCCUGACCAAGACCAACAGGAUGCCCCGCUGGGCGGAGCGACUGUUUCCUGCCAACGUUGCUCACUCGGUAUACAUCCUGGAGGACUCGAUUGUGGACCCACAGAAUCAGACCAUGACCACCUUCACCUGGAACAUCAACCACGCCGGGCUGAUGGUGGUGGAGGAGCGGUGUGUUUACUGCGUGAACUCCGACAACAACAGCUGGACGGAAAUCCGCCGGGAAGCCUGGGUCUCCUCCAGCUUGUUUGGUGUCUCCAGAGCUGUGCAGGAGUUCAGUCUUGCCCGGUUCAAAAGCAACGUGACCAAGACGAUGAAAGGCUUUGAGUACAUCCUGGCCAAGCUACAAGGUGAGCCCCCUUCCAGAACAUUUGUGGAGACAGCCAAGGAAGCCAAGGAGAAGGCCAAGGAGACGGCACUGGCAGCUACAGAAAAGGCCAAGGACCUCGCCAACAAGGCCGCCAGCAAGCCGCAGCAGUCACAGCAGUUUGUCUAAUCGCCCAGCCACACCCCGCCCUCCCCGUAAUUCAUGAUUAAAAAUCAACUUCAGUCCUCUGUGCUGUCUGGGUGGUGGGCUGGGGCAGGGGUCCCGCAUGGCCAC